AUAAACCGUGAAGCCAGAUACUUCAGCUCUUGAAUUGACAACUUUUUAAAAUAGCAACCACAGUGGUUGUCUCUCAGUGACUGCUACAAUCUCAUAAUAGAAACAGGAGGCUGUUCUUUGUAUUCUGUGGCCAUAGUUGGAAACAGUAAAAAGGAGACUGUCUUCUGAAGGUUGUGGUGACUAAUCACAAACAAGAAAACUUGUUCAGCCCCUUCGUUAAACCUGCCCUCACUACUAAUCUGCAGAAGUAAAUAGUGAAGUGAGGUAACAGUUGAACUCUUCAGUUCACUUAAUAGAAAUUUCUGUCCUAGUUGAGUGGAUGAAUUAUCUGCAGCCCUGAACUGAUGAAUGUGCUCUUCUGAGACCCAUCAGAAGGAAUUGUGGGAGGCACCUCAGUGAAGAAAUGGACCAGUGUGUAUAAUCAUGGAAUCUCCUUGCUGACAAUCACCACCUGCUCUCCUUGAUAAGUGAGAGAGAGUAGUCAGGGGAGAAGGAAAAGAGGUCACCAUGAAGCUAAAGCAGCGAGUCGUGCUGUUAGCAAUUCUCCUUGUCAUCUUUAUCUUCACCAAAGUUUUCCUGAUUGACAACUUAGAUACAUCAGCUGCCAACCGGGAGGACCAGAGGGCCUUUCACCGAAUGAUGGCUGGCUUGCGGGUAGAGCUGGUGUCCAAGCUGGAACACACCUUGCAGUCUCCCUGGGAGAUUGCAGCCCAGUGGGUGGUUCCCCGGGAAGUGUACCCUGAAGAGACACCAGAGCUGGGGGCAAUCAUGCAUGCCAUGGCCACCAAGAAAAUCAUUAAAGCUGAUGUAGGUUAUAAAGGGACACAACUGAAAGCCUUACUGAUACUUGAAGGAGGACAGAAAGUUGUCUUCAAACCUAAGCGGUAUAACCGAGACUAUGUGGUAGAAGGGGAACCUUAUGCUGGUUAUGAUAGACACAAUGCAGAGGUAGCAGCCUUUCAUUUGGACAGGAUUCUGGGUUUCCGCCGAGCCCCCUUGGUGGUUGGCAGAUUUGUUAAUCUGCGGACAGAGAUCAAGCCUGUUGCCACGGAGCAGCUCUUGAGCACCUUCCUAACUGUAGGAAAUAAUACUUGUUUCUAUGGGAAGUGUUAUUAUUGCCGAGAAACAGAGCCAGCCUGUGCUGAUGGAGACACGAUGGAGGGGUCUGUCACGCUUUGGCUUCCAGAUGUGUGGCCUCUACAGAAACACCGACACCCAUGGGGCAGGACUUACCGAGAGGGCAAAUUAGCCAGGUGGGAGUAUGAUGAGAGCUACUGUGACGCUGUGAAGAAAACGUCCCCUUAUGACUCUGGCCCUCGCCUCUUGGACAUCAUUGAUACAGCUGUCUUUGAUUACCUGAUUGGCAAUGCUGACCGCCAUCACUACGAGAGUUUUCAAGACGAUGAAGGCGCUAGUAUGCUCAUCCUUCUCGAUAAUGCCAAAAGCUUUGGGAACCCCUCGCUGGAUGAGAGAAGCAUUCUUGCCCCUCUCUAUCAGUGUUGCAUCAUUCGGGUUUCUACCUGGAACAGACUGAACUCCCUGAAGAAUGGUGUGCUGAAGUCUGCCUUAAGAUCUGCCAUGGCCCAUGACCCCAUCUCCCCAGUGCUCUCUGAUCCUCACCUAGACGCUGUGGACCAGCGGCUCCUGAGUGUCCUGGCCACCGUGAAGCAGUGCACUGACCAGUUUGGGAUGGACGCAGUGCUGGUGGAAGACAGGAUGCCUCUCUCCCACUUGUAAUUCUCCACAAAAUAAGUGAAACUUCUUUUUACAAAGCUAGAGAAACAGCACAAUCAAUUCCGAAUGGUAUGAGGUGGAUUGGAAAUGGCCAGCAGCACAUUCUGGUGAUAGGGGACAGGGUGGCCUUGGUGUUUGCUGUAGUAGAAGUUGAAGCAAAGACUACAAGUUUCAGACCACGGAGCUGUACCUGCUGAACCACCUUCUGACUUCCUCGGCGUAUGCCCAUUCUAGCAGUGGGCGUCACGGUUGGUCAGUAUUAAUUCUCAUGCCAAAGGACAAAUUAGAGGUGUGAUAUUUGAAUAGAUUAAUGUUGGGGUUGGUUCUGGAGUAUGUGUUUUGAGUCCAUCCUUAUAAUCCUUUCUCCACACUUGUGGAUUUUCCGAAAACACUUUGUAAUCUCUUGAGUCCUUUCUUACCAGGACUAGUCAAAUUGGAAAUUUUACUGCUUCCUAAGGAGUGGCAGCAAGUAACCCAGCAUUCUGUUGAGCCAAAGUAGCAUGCUCUGUUGGAGGGACUAUGUUUUUAAGAUAGAAUUAGAGGAAAGACAAAAGCAAGAAAGAUGUUUGGGCUUUUAACUGAGUAGGUGGUGCUUUUGAUGAUUCUUAAAGGAGGGAAGAAGAGAGAGAGACCUACUUGGUGGAACCAGAAUCAAGGCGGUGAUUGAAUUAGUGAAAAACAGGUUCCCCUGUAUUUAAGUUCUUAACGUAUAUAAAAGCAAGCAUGACUUGUACCUAAGUAAGAUUUGCAUUCUCAUAAUUGUGUCCAAAUUAAUCCAAAAGAGUGUCCCUGGAGAACCUACCAUUACAACCCAAGCACAAUUCUGUUACGGAGACUUUUUUUUCCUUUUGCCCAGAGCAGGCAAAUCCUUUGCAAAUUAUCAAAGCAAACUGAAAUAACAGCUUGAAUAAGAGUUAGGUUGCCUGUCUUCUCUGCCAUCCUGAUUUCUAAAAUGAAUUUCCACUUCUGUCUUCAAGGCAUUUGGUCAUUAAAGCUGCUGUUCCCAAGAGAUUGGCGAUCCUACUUGUGCCUUUCUUGUGAGGAAAGCCAGCUCGCUCCUACGGAUAAUAUAGUUUAGAUCCUGCUGGUGGCUGGACCUAUCUUGUGAUUUGGGCCAUGUGGAAGGCUGGAAACAAAGAUUUUAAGCCUUCUGAGCCUUAAAAUUAAGGUGGUUACCAGGAAGAGCCUUAAGAUUUUGAUUUAUGUCAAACCCUGAUUUCAUCAUUUAAUCUUGUUUGGAGUUCUGAACCCACGAUGUAGUAUUGUCCUUCCGUCUCCUAUUAGCACAUUCAAAUUUCAAGUUGCUAAAACAGGCUUAGUUCUGUGUUCUGCCAAAGCGAUUUGACAUAUAAGCACUUGCAUUAAAAUACAGGGCAGAGGAAACUAGGCCUGGUGUGCCCACUCACGUGCCCUCAGAGGUGGGUGCUUCUCUCCUGCAUUUUGUCUGGGGACUGUUGCAGUUUUGACUUCUGUGAAGCAGACACUAAUAUUUAAACAGUGUGGUUAAACAAAUUUACUGCCAGCUAUUGGAGACCAGUUUUAGGUAGCCACCCUUUCAAAAAUAGUUUAGAAUUUAUGCCCCAAUUUUCUCAAAUUGAAAGAUAACUGAGUACCCCAAAACUAAUUUAAAGUAACAUGACCGGGCUUCCCUGGUGGCGCAGUGGUUGAGAGUCCGCCUGCCGAUGCAGGGGAUACGGGUUCGUGCCCCGGUCCGGGAAGAUCCCACAUGCCGCGGAGCGGCUGGGCCCAUGAGCCAUGGCCACUGAGCCUGCGCGUCCGGAGCCUGUGCUCCGCAACGGGAGAGGCCACAACAGUGAGAGGCCUGCGUACCGCAAAAAAAAAAAAAAAAGACAACACUUAAAGUAACAUGAAAUUAGGACGCUUUUGUACUUAGUAUGUACAUUUGGCGAUGUACACAGAAUGGGCUGAGUUAUUUUUAAAAAGCUAUUGAAUUUAAGAAGACAGGUAGUAGCACAAAACACUGAGCUAGUGUUAACAAAAGGAAGCAUUAAUCCCAAUUUAAACUCAUUUACUAUGUGCAUCCAGGGGAGUUCACAUUUGAGCUUGAGAAUACCUUGGAUGGUGCUUACCUCAGAGCAUCAGGGAGCCAGCUGGAGGGACAGUGGGAAGGAAGUCAACGCUGCUCUCCUUGGUAAAUGUUAGCUGAACUAAAUUUCUUGCAAACAUGUGAUACCUUCAGUAUGCCCCAGUGAAAUGAAUAAGAGCUGUUCCCAAACUGGGAACUUUAUUCAUGAUGUUGAAGGCAGAAGAUUCUGCUAAGGAAAAAAGUAGGAGGAAAAGCUACUUUGAAAAAUGCCUCAUUCUUUUUCCCAAACAUUGCAGAAAAUGUAUAAUCUCAUUCUCUUUCCCUAUUUUAAAAUUCAUGAUCUUAAAAGGUGUUCAAAUGUAUAGUGGUUAAAGUUAGAAUUAUGCUAAUAGAAUGGUGUGAACUGAUGCUUAGAAUAUAAAUUUAUUUUCUAAGUCAGGAUCGGAUUAAGCUGCAAAAGUACGUUUAGAAUCUUGGAAAAAACCAACCAUAAGCUUAUAGCCCUAAAAUUCAUAAACACUAAAUUCUGUUUCAAAAAAGAGGUAGAUAUCUUUUUUUUUAAGUUUUGUAACACUGUCCUCUUUAUGGUUUAUCUUUUAGAAUCGAGGACUAUUAUAAUCAAACAGGGGUCAUUGGAAGGGUUUUUGAUCAGUCCUAACCUGGGCGUGCCUAGCUAACAUCUAAAGGUAGAUGUGGGUACAUUUUAAUAUUAUAAAACUAAGAAAAUCAGAACUGAGUACCAUUUCCUACCCCCCUUCUUCCACUUCUUAAAUAUUGGGUUGCCCAAAAAGUUCAUUCUGGUUUUCCACACCAUCUUACAAAAAACCUGAAUGAACUUUUUGGCCAACCCAAUAUAUUUAUUCCAUAGUUUGGGGGAAUAUGGGUAUAGAGGUUUCAUUCAAGAAUUGUCAUUUAAUAUGAAGCUAUAUUUUGGGUUUUGGGGGUAAAUAAUUUUCUGUGCAAAACAUUAAUAGGAUCUGAUUUACUCAGUAUUGCUCAAUAAUUUAUUAAUAAGGCAUUUCUCCCUAUUUGCACUCAGGAUUAAUAUGUCAAAUGAAAUCUAAUAAGGAAAUGGGAGAAUUCAGGUACAUCCUAUUAUUUUGGGAAAGAUGAAUCCUAUACAUGGCAGAAAUUCCAUGUCACCUGAAGGCAACAAGUUCUUCCAAAGAAAUCCAUCUUUUCCUUUCUUUAAAAAAAAAAAAAAAAAAAAGACUUUU